GUUUUUACCACCCCUUCUUACUAGCACUUGGUAUAUUCCAAUGUCCUCUGUUUGGUAGCGGAGAGCCGCACGGAGCCCUCCGUAUACUAAAGCAAGCAUGGUCAACAUUGCAACAUUCGCCCGCGACCACUGGAUGAACUUGCUGGUCCCCAUGGGAUUUGUGAUCGGAUGGUACCUGGACAAACAGCAAGACCAGAAGCUGACUGCGUUCAGGAACAAAAGUGCUCUAUACAGAAGGGAGCUGAAGCCUGGCGAGGAGGUGACUUGGAAGUAGAUUUUAACCCCUAUGUGAGCCCAUUGUCUGCUGUGUGAAUGGCUGAUGAGUGGCCCUCAAGUAAUACUUAAGACUUAUGUCUAUAUUUUUGAGUUGUAUCAACAAACAAUAAAUGUAAAUUCUCAUCAA